AUGCUGCUGAGUUGGAGGAUGCUCGUUGUUGGUGUUUUCUACUGCUGCAUCAAAGCAGCCGUCAAAACAUCCAAACAAGAAAAGGCCCUAUUUCCAGCCGCGAGCAGGGUAAAAAGAGUGUCUAUGGAAAACCCCACCUUUCACAACUCCCUGGAUAAUGUCAACCUUUUAUUUGAGAUCUUGCUGGCUGGCACACAUUUUGAGACCAGCGGGGAGUUUUCAGUGCAGGACGCCGAGCUGGCUUCGCUCCGCAAGACGAGAAACCUGGAAGUCGUCUGUGAGGAGAUAAUUCCCCGGAAGCUAACGGACAUAUUUGAGCUCAUCGCGAACCUCUCAAAUCAGACUGGUCGUUUGCACCCGGACGACUUUGAGCGCACCCUGCUGACCCUGGUCUUCACCGCCCAGCAGAUGGUUGAGUCCACCGGACAACAAAGAGAUGUUUGGGCAGAGUCCUUUGUUAGUUUGUACAAAGCCAUUAAGCAGGAUCUGACAGGGAGAAACUGA